UCAAAAGUUAACCUCUUCAAGCGGAGUCUUGUGUGAUGUAACGCUGAGUAAACGGAUUCAUCAUCGCAGCCGACCGCUGACAUAUUUCAGUUAUUUUGCCGACGAACAUGAGCCAGGAGAACUUUGAGGAUACCCCUUCAACCUCAACAGAAAGCACAGAACGAAAACUGCCGUGGGACCUCAGCGACAUCAGCUCAACUCAACAGAGAAAUCACUUGAGAAUGCCAAUGCCCAACAGUGCCUUCGUCCCCACCCUAAAUGCCAUAGCCUCCAGUCAGGAGCUACAGUGGAUGGUCCAGCCAGCUGCGCUAGGUUCCAUGCCAGGCCCCUGUGUUCCUUCACCCCAAUACAGCCGCCCCAUCACCCACACCGCCCACAGCGCCCAUGCCCGGCCAGGUGUCAUACACGCCGUAGGAAACACCAGCUGGCAACGGAAAAGAACUCAUCAGCUCCACCCUGAGGAGGAAGAGAAGCAGAGGCUAAGACGAGAAAGGAACAAGCUGGCUGCUGCCAAGUGCCGGAACCGGAGGAGGGAACUGACGGACCUUCUGCAAGGGGAAACAGAGCGGCUGGAGCAGGAACAGGCUAGCCUCCAGCAGCAGGUGGACUCCUUGCGGGACGAGCGAGCCCGGCUGGAGCACGUGCUCACCACCCACUCCUCCGCGUGCAGCCUCAGCCCUGCCAUGUACCCCACAGAGAUGCCCCUGAGCGCUACAGCGCCCCUGGAGGUCAAGCAAGAACCAGAGGAGGUUCAAGACGAGGCGCUCUACCCUUUAAAGCAGGAGGCUCUCCUUGAUGCAGAGGACCAGUACGCACACAAGGACGCGUUCGGCACUCAGACAGGCGCAGGCUUUAGUUUCAGCUACAGGUUCAUUGACUGCAACUCAUCAGAGACAGACAGCUCCCUUUCAUACAGCGACGAGCUUCUGAAUAGCUCUAUUCCAAAGGUUCAUUCUACUGAUAACAGCAGAGGCUCACACUACAGUGACGUCAGGGUCUUGAGCUCACCCACGCUCUAAAAGGGAACUCUGAGGUCCACGGAAACGCACUGUAGUAUUACGCCAUCAUGGUCCUCGUCCUUGCCUUACAAAUAUGUAGAAAAAAGGUCAUAGCUUGUUAAUGGGGAGGUAUGUGUUAAUUAAGUUAAUGGUGUGAGUGUGAAAGUCUUUAUGGUAGACGAUGCCAAAAUGGUGUUUUAAUAGAUACAAAUCUUGAGCCUCAAAGAGGAAGGUACUGAGAGAAGUGGCUUUGUCUGUGUUCUAUUCUUGUUUUACUGCAUAUGGCAUUGGUCUCACUGAAUGUUGAAUUCAUUCCGGUUUCAUUAUAAAAAAAAAAAAAAAAAGAUCUGAUUGCAUAAGUGUGCUCUUAGGACAUAGAGAAUAGCUAUAUGUGAAAUGGACAGGCGUGCAAAAACUAGAGCGUAGGUACUCUUGUGAAGUGAGUAGGCAUGUUUGAACACUAGGUGGCGGUGUUACCCAGUGCAGAUCUGAGCCAUGUUAUGGUUUCAGUUCUGUAAAACUGCAGCUUCUGUGUUCUUUCAGAUGAACAUUCCUGUGCAAAACAUUGUGUAUGUCAGUAUUGAAAUUGUUACCCAUAUCUGUAUGUGAGGUGUGUAUUACUUAAAAGGAACAUAAAUAUACCUUAUGAGGUAGGAAUACCUUAUGUACUUACAUGCAGGUUUUGAAAUUAGCGUAAGAGAGGGCAUGAAGGAAAUACACACCUGUAUCAUGUUUUUAUAUCUGCAGUAGAGGUUAACUAGAGGUUAUUUAGGCCUACACCUCCCAAAGAGACACAGAAACAUUACAUCAAGCCAGGCUCCAGAGCUACUUAUUUUAUGCACUAGACAGACUACAUGCAUUAUGAGCGCAAUAAAUACGUGUAUAUUUCAUUGCACUUGUACAUGUAGGACUAACACAGGUUGUCAUACAUCUUUCAACGUAUUUUCAAGACAGGAAUACUUGAGAAGAAGUCAGUGCUAUGCUUUAGUAACAGGUCUUCAUUCAUGUCCUACAGUGGAUGUCCUACAUGGAGAAUUAGCCAACUAGCUGCAAGUCACUCAUGUCCAAUCCGAAAGCAGAGGACGUAUCAUCUGUAUCCCAAGGCAGUCUAAUAUCCUCUGUGUGGAUAGUGUGGUCAAUCUGGCAAGGGUAGCUGAAAGUGCAUUUACGUAUGUGUCAUUUCAAACAUGCAGAUACUGUACCCUCAUGGAAAAACUCUGACAAAAAAGUGGCUAAGAAGUCACUCCGUUCCUCAAUAAAAUCUUUUUUAUAUCA